AGAGCUGAAAUUUGUUAAAUAGCUUUAGCGCCACUUUAGCUCCAUUUCAGCUCCGCUACAUGGACAAAAAAAUGGGUCACACUUCCUAAUCUGUUAUUAUGUUCAAAUCAAAUUAAACCAUUACCAUUACCAUUGUUCAUAAUUCUAUUAAUUAUUCACAUUCUCUUUCAUUUUCCCUUCCAAUAUGUUGUCCAAAUUACGUCCUACAUUAUGUUUGUAGUCAAUCUGAUUUUAUUAAUUCUGGAAAAAAAAAGUUUGUGGAAAAGCUGCCAUCCUCACUGUACUUUGUAUUGUCUCGUACUGCUGCUUUUUACAGCAAGAGGGCGUGCUGGCCCAACGUGAACUGCAAUUGCCUGGUUAUUUUUUUUGUUUUAUUGUGUUCCAUUUGAUUCAUUCAUUAAUUCAUUCAUGUUCUGCCAUUUGUUUUGUUGAUAUCAUAGAUAAGCUGUAGCCUUUCCCAGAUGAGAGGGUACACCCUAAACUGGAUGGCAGUCAUCCACAAGGCUUAUUUUUAUAUGUUUAUUUAGUUGAUUCAUUAUCCAUCCAUCCAUUUUUUUCCACUUAUCAGGGUCCAAGUCGCAGAGGCAACAGUCUCAGUAGUAGUCUCCUGCCACCUCUUCCAGUCUCACCGGGAGGACAACAACGUGUUCCCAGGCCGGCUGUGCGACAUAAUCCCUCAAGCGUGCCCUAGGUCUGCUGUGGGGCCUCCAUGCCUGGAACACCUCACCAGAGAGGCGUUCAGGAGGCAUCCGGACUAGAUGCGUAAGCCAACUCAACUGGCUCCUCUAAUUUAAUUUUAUGUAUUAUAUUUGACCUUUUACUUAUUUUUAUUUUAUUUUAUCUUAUGGAGUAUUGGGCUGUUUAAUUUAACUUAGGUGUGAUUUUUUUUUUAUAUAUAUUUUUUACAUACAGAAACGAUUUUGAUAAAGAAUAAUUAGUGUUUUGGCUGGAUGUGAUUCUUCAAUGAACUUUUUUCUGCCGUCAAUUGGGUGGUGAAUGUGGUUUUUGGAGAACCUGACAGUUCUGGGGGAACUGGGCUGGAAAGAACCUUUUAAGAGCAAUAAACUGACGCUGUGAUGUGAGGUAUUCCCCUGGCUGGAUGCCAUGUCACUUGAUCCCCUUUCUGGGUCUCCGUGUGGAUAGACCGUUUAUAUUCGUGCUGCAAUGUCACAAAUUAGUUGAUUUGUCUACAUUAAUGCAUUUUUGCUUCCCUUUUCCUCCCUGAAGCCACGCCUCCUCCAUCUAAAAGACCACUUAAGUGCUCUUAGUUAAGUCCCCUCACAUUGUCUGACACUUCCCUUUAAGUGGAUCAUGUCCAGAGUGGAGACCCUCAAGGACACAAAGCUGGGCUUGCUCUUAAAGGGCCUUCGUACUGACAUCGCCAUGGCCGUGGAUGACGCCUUCCCUCUGGUUCAUGGCCUGGCUGAUAAAAACAUCAUCAGUGAGCAACUGCUGAAGGACACGCUGGAGAAGGAGGGUACAGAAGGGAUCCACAAGGCCAUGUACUCGCUGCUUUCCUGGGUGCUGGAGCAAAGUCUUUCCACCAUCCAGGCCUUCUGGAGGAACUUGAACAAGGCCUACAACCUGGACAGCUACCCUAAGCUGCGACCUCUGCUCGCUAGUCCUAGCAGUAGUGCAAGUUUUCAAGGCAACAAGAGUCACAGCAAGAAGAGGAGCCACAAGGACAGAGAUGAUCAACACUCACUGUAUCGCUCUUCUGCAAAUGAUGGACAAGGGGGGAAAAUGAAGCUGUACCGAGUGAAGAGUGAAGCUCCUCCCCAGCAGGCAACAUCUGUGUCGGUCCAAAAGGGAACCCCCUCCUCUUCAUCUGCUGCCAUCUCCACCGGUGAACUGUCAAAGCACGGCUCCUCCAGAGAGAAGAUCAAAAUCAAGCAUCAAGUGUUUGGCUCUGAUGGUUCUUCAAGGAAGUGCAUUAAAGUUGGAGGAGAGCUCUACAAAUGUCAAGAGCUGAAAUCCAAAGCUGCCAUGACAACAUUACACCAACAGAGGGAGACAGAAAGUCACCGCAAUGAUGACGAGUGUGCCGUGUGCAAAGAUGGAGGUGAGCUGAUAUGUUGUGAUGGAUGUCCUCAAGCUUUUCAUCUCACCUGCCUGGACCCUCCACUCUCAGCCAUACCCAUGUCAAGUGCACACUUUAAACAAACAAAACUACACAUACAUGGCUCUUGGCAGUGCAACAGCUGCAGUGGCAGAUCAGGGAAAAAGCAGAAAACACAGCAAGCUUUGCAGCCUCAGCAAACCAGCACUAACAACUCCACCAUAGACAUCUCAUGCUUCCCCCUGUUGUCCUCCUCAGCCUCCAUAAAAGAGUGCCCAGGUGGAGAGUUGGCGAGCAUGAGGGAUGCGUGCGGUGUUUGUCACCUGGGAGGAGAACUGACCCGCUGCCUUCAGUGUUCCAAGCGUUACCAUCUACGCUGCCACUUCUCCAUUGGGAGAGCCAUCUGUUUGUCCUGCUCUAGGACGUGGGUCAGCUCUGCAGAAAAGGCGGUGGAGCCCUCAUGUUUACAGAUUCAGAACACACGCGGCCAUGACCAGACCUCAUCCAUGCAUCAAGAAGAACUGGACUCCAUCCUGGGAGAUGCCUCCUUGGAUGGCAUCCUACAGUGGGCUUUCCACAACAUCCCUCAAUCUCAUGCAGACACCCGAGGAUGCUACCAGUAACUUGGAGUCCAGCCUUUUUCAAGUAGGAGUAAUAAAAAAAAACAGAAAGAGUAAAUUAUGUAAAUAAUUAAGGAGUACAUGUAUUACAGUGUUCCCUCGCUACAUCGCGGUUUAACUUUCGUGGCCUCGCUGUUUCGUGGAUUUUUUUUUUUGGUGCAAUUUUGCGUCUUUUUUUUUUUAACAGUGUAUGAACGCGCAUUGUGUUGUGUGUACCUGUAGUGUACUAGAGCGAUCUAUCAGUGCUCUGUUGUAUGUCUGUUAAUCUAUUUACUACUGCUACCAGUAGAGGGUGUUGUAUACUCAUGUGAGAGUAGAAGACAUGUGCAGCUGGAGUAAAGAUGUCCUCUCUCCACCUUGUCUCAGUGUGUGUUUAUGUGCCUGUACUAGCAUAUUAGGAACCCACAGUAGAGCUACAAUAGCCGGCUAAAUAAAGAGCCACAACAGUCCUUAUUGGUUAAGGCACAACCCGCCCAUUGUUUUCUGUGUCCUUGUUGGCUAAAGGAGAACCCUCCCAUUAUGUUCUGCUUUCUGAUUGGCUGUAGAUCAUUGUCAAUCAGUAUUCUUCGUGCAGCACUGCCGUGUUUCCUGUUGUAUGAUUGCUAGCAAUCAGCUGGAAGUGACUGUGAACUCUGUAUGUUUGCACGUUUUCUCCCCGACAAAACCCACAAUGUCGACGAAACGUUCUGCACCCAAAAGGCAGAGGAAUCCAACCAUCGCACAAAAAGUUGGACUUCUGGACAUGCUGAAGGAAGGUCCAAGUUGUGGUGGUAGGGUGCCAUUAAUCUUUGGUUCAAGGAGGGGGACGAGGAGGAGAAAAAUACGAUGACAGGAGCAAUAUGUUUUAACAAGGAUACAAAAACGCUUCAGCGGCGCGUCGCCAGGAUGAAGAGGGACGGUCAGAGGAGUGAAAUACGUGUGAGUCACUUAAUCAUUUAUUGUGUCCAACCUCGUAGGUUGAUCAUGAAAUGCAAAUGAAAUUUGAACUUUGAGAGUGUAAACAAGAGAGAAAUGUGAGAAAAUGCUCAUGCCUGUCUGAGAAAAGUAUAUAAAGUGUAUGGUGAGGGGUUUUAAGUUGUCUACUUCGCGGUUUUUACUUAUUGGGGGCUGUUUUGGGAAGCUAUCCCCGCAAUAAAUGAGGGAACACUGUAUUGAACUUUACAGCAAGAAUUACAGACAAAGUAUGCUACAAAACAGUGACAUUUGAUGUAAAUCAACGAGUGUUCAAUGCUUUCCCCACAUCGUCACUAAUAGACUCACUUAAAUGUACUCCAUAGGACUACAUUUUGGACUCCAAGAUUACUUUUUGCACCUUUUUCUAGGAAAAAAGUGACAUCUAGUUCCAGGGGUACAAAGUGCACAUGUAAGGAUACACUAAUGUACUUUUUCUAAGAGGUAAUGUUACCGGGGUUGAAACAUGAACUGACCUCCUCAUUUGAGUUUCCUUAUGUACAAUGCACACCAAACCAAGAUACUGCAACCAUUAUAAAUAGUACUCUUGAUAAUGUUUUAGAAAAAGCAACGGGGGCGAGGGGGCUCAUGAUGUGGUAUUCCAUGAUGUUAAGACCGGAAACAAUUUAUUCACAUGUAUUAAAGUGAAUGUGUAUUCAUUAAGAGAAAUGAUAUGAAGGGACUCAUGGAGAGUUAUGAACAAAUCAAGAGAUGGUUGACGGUUCCAUUGAGAGCUGAUGAUAAUCAGAGAAAAUAAAUUCCCGUAUGACGUGACAUUUUUUUAAUGAAUUUAUGAGCGCCAACUCCUCUACUGAUGAACUGCUGCACACAUUUGUCAAAACAUGCACCCUUACUGUAUUGACUGGGCUAUUAUUAUUCUGACAAAUACAUCACAUGGUGGCACUGUUGGCAAACUCUAGAAGUCGGAUUGACUUGAAAUUUCUCACACAGCUCAAUGCGCUCUACAAAAUACCCACUGUAACUUCAGAGUGUUGAAGCGAAUCUGCAAAAAAUAUGGUACACACUUUUUAAGGGCACUGAAAGGCUCCUAUGUGUAAAGGUUGACUGAUUGGUCUUUGGGGUGCACAUGUGGGACUUAACAACUAAUUGGUCAUACGUCAUCAACCAUUUGUGCAAUGACUAUACAACUUAGAGGAUAUCUGUAUUACAUGUAUGCAAGCAUCUCUUCCGAAGCACAACCCUUCAGGGGCAUCACAAAUGUCAUUAACCGUCAUGUGUCACAAAUGAGGACACCCUUUCCUCACAUUUUAUUUCGAUGUGCACCAAACCCCAGUGGGUUUUUGCUAUGCCACCUAUCCACAAGAUUACAUGCAAAGCAGCGAUUUAGUUUUUGCAUAAUCCCGAUGAAAAUAAAUAAGUCACAAAUGAGCAGUCAUGCUUGGCGGAGGCAAUAAAAACUGUUUUUUGAUGCGAGCAGUUCAUAAUUAAUGCUUUUAAUUAGCAUAAGCGCUGUUGAAAAGGAUGUAAGUGCAACAACUCAUCAACUAGACAUCCUGGUCGUGCCAUAGUUGGCGUAAAUAAUGCAAUCCUAGGUGCGACAAUGGCAGUUGCACAAUCUCUGUAGAUCUGAGGAGGAAUUCAGACUCAAAUCACAGCAGAUGGUUCCAAUACAAGAAGGUAUGAACCCAGAGAAAUGCCUCCGUUUAACAGGAAUUCCUCCAAGACUAUCACUUAGAUGUGGAAUGUUGUUUUUGUCAUGGGACUUCCAGAGUUUUAGCAUGGCUGCCAGAUAGGUGGAGCUCCGCCAACCAGCGUGUGCACAUUUUACACCCCUCGGUAUUUGGUUGUCAUGACGACCUCGCUCCUACAGGCCCAAAACAGAGGAUGGGAAACACGCUCGUUCCUCAGUGUCUUCAAAAACAUCCAUCUGUCCAUCUGUCAUCUGUGCUGCUUAUCCAACUGUAUGAGAAACAUUGACGCCAUGAGCGCAACAAAUCAUCAGAUACAGUCAUAAGAAUGUGUGUCAAAAGGAAUAAGUACGCACCAAAUUCCUCAGCUUGAGGCCAAAAAGCAGUCUUAAAAAAAAAAUCAUCCCAGCUGCAGGGCAUGCUUUCAUGAAAACAUCUGCUAACACAGUUUAUUCCUUCCUAUCAUAACUCCCACACUGUGAUGUUAGUCAGUA